GCGCAGCCCGCGCGGAGCCGGCUCAGAGCGAGAAAAGCUAACCCAACCCGUCGGGGCCGCCGCUCCGGACCCGCAGCCACCGCCGCCUCCUCCCCCCGGAUCGGGUGUACUGUCCCAACCCGAAAGUCCAGUUCUGCGGCCCGGCAGCGGCGAGCGGGCGCGAUGACACAGGAGUACGACAACAAACGGCCAGUGUUGGUUCUUCAGAAUGAAGCACUUUAUCCACAGCGGCGGUCCUACACUAGUGAGGAUGAGGCCUGGAAAUCCUUCCUGGAAAACCCUCUCACUGCAGCGACCAAAGCGAUGAUGAGCAUCAAUGGAGACGAAGACAGCGCUGCUGCGCUGGGCCUGCUCUAUGACUACUACAAGGUCCCAAGAGAGAGAAGGUCAUCAACAGCAAAGCCAGAGGUGGAGCACCCUGAACCAGAUCACAGCAAAAGAAACAGCAUACCAAUCGUGACAGAGCAGCCCCUCAUUUCUGCUGGAGAAAACAGAGUGCAAGUACUGAAAAAUGUGCCGUUUAACAUUGUCCUUCCCCAUGGCAACCAGCUGGGCAUUGAUAAGAGAGGCCAUCUGACAGCUCCAGAUACGACAGUCACUGUCUCCAUAGCAACGAUGCCUACCCACUCCAUCAAGACAGAAACCCAGCCACAUGGCUUUGCUGUGGGAAUCCCCCCAGCAGUGUAUCAUCCUGAGCCCACUGAGCGGGUGGUGGUUUUCGAUCGGAAUCUCAGUACUGACCAGUUCAGCUCUGGUGCUCAAGCCCCAAAUGCUCAAAGGCGAACUCCAGACUCGACCUUCUCAGAGACCUUCAAGGAAGGCGUUCAGGAGGUUUUCUUCCCCUCGGAUCUCAGUCUGCGGAUGCCUGGCAUGAAUUCAGAGGACUAUGUUUUUGACAGUGUUUCUGGGAACAACUUUGAAUAUACCCUAGAAGCUUCAAAAUCACUUCGACAGAAGCCGGGAGAUAGUACCAUGACAUACCUGAACAAAGGCCAGUUCUAUCCUAUCACCUUAAAGGAGGUGAGCAGCAAUGAAGGAAUCCAUCAUCCCAUCAGCAAAGUUCGAAGUGUGAUCAUGGUGGUUUUUGCUGAAGACAAAAGCAGAGAAGAUCAGUUAAGGCAUUGGAAGUACUGGCACUCCCGGCAGCACACUGCUAAACAAAGAUGCAUUGACAUAGCUGACUAUAAAGAAAGCUUCAACACUAUCAGUAACAUCGAGGAGAUUGCGUAUAACGCCAUUUCCUUCACGUGGGACAUCAACGAUGAAGCAAAGGUUUUCAUCUCUGUGAACUGCUUAAGCACAGACUUCUCUUCCCAGAAGGGAGUGAAGGGAUUGCCUCUUAACAUUCAAAUUGAUACCUAUAGUUACAACAACCGCAGCAAUAAGCCUGUGCACCGGGCCUACUGCCAGAUCAAGGUCUUCUGUGACAAGGGAGCUGAGCGGAAAAUCAGGGAUGAAGAACGAAAGCAAAGCAAAAGAAAAGGCAAGUGUCCUGACCCCAGCUCCCAGUUGAAUGCCUUUUCUGAUGUUAAACUACCACUGCUUCCCUCUCACAAGCGACUGGAUAUCACGGUUUUCAAACCCUUCAUUGAUCUCGAUACUCAGCCUGUCCUCUUCAUUCCUGACGUGCACUUUGCCAACUUGCAGCGGGGCACUCAUGUCCUUCCCAUUGCCUCCGAAGAAUUGGAGGGUGAAGGCUCUGUCUUGAAAAGGGGGCCGUACGGCACAGAAGAUGACUUUGCUGUCCCUCCUUCUACCAAGCUGGCCCGGAUAGAAGAACCAAAGAGAGUGCUGCUCUACGUUCGAAAGGAGUCAGAAGAAGUCUUUGAUGCCCUGAUGCUCAAAACCCCAUCUUUGAAGGGCUUGAUGGAAGCUAUCUCAGACAAAUACGAUGUUCCCCAUGACAAGAUUGGGAAAAUAUUCAAGAAGUGUAAAAAGGGGAUCCUGGUGAACAUGGACGACAACAUUGUGAAGCAUUACUCCAAUGAGGACACCUUCCAGCUGCAGAUUGAAGAAGCUGGGGGGUCGUACAAGCUCACCCUGACUGAGAUCUAAAGGCCCGCAGGCCACAGCUCCCCAGGAGUUCAGUGCAGGUGUUUCUAGAUCUUAUGGUUUGGCAAGUGCAGGUAACCCCAGUCAGUCACGUCGCCAGCACAGCUCUAUGUCAAGGGAAGGGGUUCCUUGCAGGUUGGAGGCGGGGCUGCAUCUGGCUUGGUGGUAGCAUUUAAUCUAUUGCAUUGGCGUUUUUCAGAUGAAAGAGAAAUCCAUAUACCAUUAUAUUUGAACGUCCUGAUAUAUACAGGAUUUAAAGUGAAAACUUUAUUCCAAGAGUUAACAGAGUCUCUGGGAAGCUUUAGGACAUCUGCUACGUUAUUUAUCAUAUCAGAUAUUGGGAUAUCUGCCUUGUGCCUACAAUGUCGUGGGCCUGCUCGCUAGCGGAAGUCAGAAAAGGCGAUAGGCUUGGCUUUAAGAUUUCGCCCUCGCCUGAAUUCAGUACAACUCCACUGCCUCAGGUUAGUGGGAGCGCACCUGAAGAGUACAGGGGUGAGCCCUCUCUCCCUUAACCUCUCACUCUCCACCAGAUGUUUACUAAACAGGGCAUGUUACUGAAAUCUUCCUUUGCGACUUUCUUGGACAUAUCAACUGCCUUUCUCAUGAAGAAUUUUAAUGGGUUACAGGAUGGAUUCAGUUAAGAUAAAGCUGCAUUGUAUAUAAGUGCAAUAUAUUUUUGAAGGUCUGUAAAUGUGUACAUACAUGUCUUAUAUAAAUAUAUAAUAUAUAAAUAUGGUGUCUGUGUACAUAUAGUGAAGAUACGCAGUAAGAGCUACCUUAAAGACUUGCCCUAGACAAAGGUUAAGUUAUUUUUGAUGAUGUAUACCAAGCAGAUAGAGUACUGUGCUUAGUGAAACCCACUAAAAACCUUUUUCUCUGUUUUUCCAAACACAGUCAUUCUGUAGCAUAGCAAAACCUUCUCAAAUGACAGAGAUUCUGUUUGCUAUUGAGAAUGUUGUUAAUUGGAUUUCUGCACUGUUUAACAAAUGAAGUAAAAGAAACACACUACUGCAAUCACGUCUUUUGUUAUGCUAGUAUCAGUCAGAUGCACUUAGAGUGAAGAAACACUGUAAUGACAGCACACAGAUUACAAGUAUUGUGUACCAAGUGAUACAACUCGAAAUGGGGCUCUCAUCUUCCUGUUUUGAGAAAUGAUUGUUUUUUCACACAUCAGAGCUUUCGUGCUUUGAUUAUCUUGUAUGUUAACAAUUCUAGAAAACAUUCAUGAAUUUAUAAAAAUACGUUACUAUGGCAGGGGAACAUUUUGUACACAUUUAAAUAUAUAAAAAUACUAAAAUAUGGAAUUUUAUAACAAAGUCACGGGUAUCUUUAGGUUCAGGGAACUAGACUAGGUCAUUCGUGUAAAUGGACUGGUAGUAAGUCUUAGGUUAAAGUAUUCUAAUGACGUAUGGGAACUAAAUUGCUGGUUUUCUAAGAUAAGAUAUGGGAUAUGGGUCAUAUAACUAUUUUAUGUUUUUUAUGAAAUUGAUUUUGUCUUGUGUGUUAUUUUUAAUUGUAUCAUUGAAGAUGUAUUUUAAACCAAAGGGAUUAAAUUUUAUAUGUCUAUUUC